AUGAUCAGUUUAUCUUCCAUCGACUUUUCAUACAAUGAUUUGGAGGGCCCUCUCCCUGAAUGCAAAGCCUUCCGUCUGGCUCCGUCAGGGGCAUUCAUCCACAACAAAGGUUUAUGCGGUGAAGCAAAAGGCAUGCAACCUUGUAAUUCCUCUUCGAUAAAGCCUCGCGAUGGGAAGAAAGACCACAAGGUUGUGAUCAUUAUUCCUAUAAUGGCAGCCUUAUUUCUUCUACUUGUAUUUGCCACCAUUUUUUACAUUUUCCUACAAAGAUCCCGCAGAACAAGAAAUGCAGAGAAAUGGGACCUGGAGGUGAAAAAUGGAAAUCUAUUUGCAAUAUGUAAUUUCGAUGGAAAGAUUGCAUAUGAAGACAUCAUCAGGGCAACGGAGGAUUUCAAUUACAAAUAUUGCAUUGGGGCUGGAGGAUAUGGAAAGGUUUAUAAAGCAGAUCUACAGAUGGGUCAGGUGGUUGCUGUGGAAAAACUUGACUCAUCACUAGGUAGCGUACAAGCUGAUCAAAGAAGCUUUGAAAAAGAGAUACAAGCAUUAACAGAAAUUCGACAUCGCAACAUCAUGAAGCUCUAUGGGUUUUGUUCCCAUGCUCGGUGUUCAUUUUUGGUGUACGAGUACAUGGAAAGGGGAAGCUUAGCUGGCAUCCUCAGCGGCAAUAAAGAAGGAGCUGUAGAAUUGGAUUGGGUGAAGAGGAUGGAAGUUAUCAGAGUAGCCGAUGCUUUAUCAUACAUGCAUCAUGAUCGCACUCCUCCUAUAGUUCAUCGGGAGUUAUCAAGUAAAAACAUUUUGUUGGAUUUAGAAUGUGAGGCCUGUGUCUCUGACUUUGGCACCGCAAGACUCAUAAAGCCAGAUUCAUCCAAUUGGUCCACACUCGCAGGCACUUAUGGAUACAUAGCUCCAGAGUUUGCUUACACAAUGAGAGUUACUGAGAAAUGCGACGUAUAUAGCUUUGGUGUUGUAGCAUUUGAAGUGAUAAUGGGAAGGCAUCCUGGAGAUCUUCUCUCAUCGUUGGCAACGUCUGGUGGCCAAGAUAUACUGCUGAUGGAUGUAUUGGACCAACGCCUCCCUCCUCCCACGCUUGAAAACAUGAAGGGUUUGGUUUCUACAGCCACGUUGGCACUUGCAUGCUUACAUGCCAGCCCUCAAUCUCGGCCAUCCAUGCGCCACGUGUCUCACGAGCUAUCCACUGGCAAGGCACCACUCCUUGGUGCUUUCCACAUGAUUACGUUGGGUCAACUGUUAGAUGCACAGACAUAA